UUUAUCACUGAUAGAGGGAAAAAGAGAGGGGGAAAGAAAGAAGGGGAAAGAGACAGCAGCAUUAAUGCCACUGUGAACUUUAUUUUUUGUAAAUAUCUUUUGAAUUUAACACUAAGUUCUGGGUUCCUUCCCUUUGUUCUUCCCGUAUAUUUUAGCCUCUUUUGGCGACAUUAGAAAAUUAUUUCUGUAUCUAAUAAAUGCUGUAAGGGCACCAAACGGAUGGCUGUGACUCAAGCCGUAUUGCCUUCGUUUUCAAACUUCUGCAACGCCUCUGAAAACAUGAAGUUCAUCAAUAAAUGUAAAUCAAUCAAUUUUAUAAUAUCUGAUGACUCUGAAGGCUUGGAAGUUUGAAAAAGGCUGUUUGGAUCUGGACUGCAAGGAUCUACACCAAAGCAACAGCAACUACAAACCUUCACAGUUUCUGACAGAUGAAGACCAUGAUGAUAGUGAGGGAUGCUGGGAUAUGGAGUUCCUGCUGUCUGACUGGGGCAGUGCAUCACCUGAACGGUCCAACUCUCAAAACUACACUCCCCAACGGCCAGCGCUGCAGGACCAGGUUCACAAUCCUGAUCUUUACCAGGUCCAAGAGUUGAAUGGACCGAGGGACCAGACAAGAUCAAAUAGACACCAAGUGUCUGUUACAAGUUCACUGGCUGAGCUGCUUCCUCAUGAAGCAACUUUAAGUUCCUCACUGCCUGACAUCUUUAACGGAGGAUAUUUGGAACAGCAGCAGCAAACGGGGAAAUCAUUCUCACAACCAGAAAUCCCCCAUCAGUUUAGUAGUUUCCCUGUUGCUAAUGACUUGGACAGAGAAAAUGAGAGAAACAGCAUGGGGAAGAUGAAGUCGUGGGAUUUUGGACACUACCCUCAGCCUGCACCUCUGAUACCCUUCACCGACUCCAAAUUUGUCCAAGCGUCUGGGAUCGCUAUGGACGCACUGGUCUUUCCUCCACACCAUCACUAUAACUUCAUCCAAAACUACUCACACCCGAGACUCUACCAACAACAAGUGAACUACGUCCACAGGCAGCCAAGCAACCACUAUCUGUCCACACAGACCAUGGUGCCUGACUCCACAGUGCCACCUGCAGGUCUGGAGGGGAAGCGCAUUCGGAGAGGGGUGGUGAAGAGGAAAGCCACGGUACACAGUUGUGAAUACCCAGGCUGCAAUAAGACUUACACCAAGAGCUCUCAUCUCAAAGCACACCUCCGUACACACACAGGUGAAAAACCCUACCACUGCACAUGGGAUGGUUGCGGGUGGAAGUUCGCCCGUUCGGAUGAGCUGACAAGACACUUCCGAAAACACACGGGACAGAAGCCAUAUGAGUGUAUGCUGUGCCACAGAGCCUUCAGUCGGUCCGACCACCUGGCAUUACACAUGAAGAGACACGUGUGAGGGCAAACACAAACGAAACAGAAAAAUACAAAUGCGUACACACAGAGGUUAGUCCAUGAGGGCAUUUGAGAGGACCUGUGUUCAGCUUUGUAUACAUAAAAGUAUAUUAGCACUAUUACAUGACCACACAACUGACAUGUACAUACUGUUCAUUAAGUGAUAAAGGAGAUGAGUUGGUGAUUUUUUUUUUUUUUUUUUUUUUCAAAUUAAACCGUAA